AUGUCAAAGGUCAUCUAUGCUGAGCCAGACAUGAACAAGAAGGUCAAGUUUGACAGAGGUGAGAUGGAGGAGAGGAUUGUGGAUAUCUACGUCAGUGCAGACACCCUGAGAGACAGUCAGACCAGCACCAAGAGAGAAGAGAGAGCAGACACUGCUCCUAAUAAUGGACCAGGAGACCAGCAAACAGAGCCUGACAGCUCAGGGAAGAGACCCUUCCUAGUUGUUGCAGUGUUUCUGGGGCUGCUGUGUGUUCUCCUACUGGCUGGGAUCAUAGGCCUGUCUGUCUACUAUAACAGAGCCAUUAAAGAUUCUGAGGAUAAAAGGAACACCUUGUUCCAGAGUUUCUCCCUUUAUAAAAUCAACGCAACUGAAGAGAGAGACCAGCUACAGACCAGAUACAACAACCUGACUAGAGAGAGAGACCAGUUACAGACCAGAUACAACAACCUGACAAAAGAGAGAGACCAGCUACAGACCAGAUACAACAACCUGACCAAAGAGAGAGACCAGCUACAGACCAGAUACAACAACCUGACAAAAGAGAGAGACCAGCUACAGACCAGAUACAAUACCCUGACUACAGAGAAAGGCCAUAUUCAGGCAAAGCUUUUUGUGAUAGAGCAGCAUUGUCAGGAGGGAUGGAGAUACUUUGACUCCAGCUUGUACCUCCUCUCUACUGAGACUAAAACCUGGAAGGAGAGCAGAGAGGACUGUCGGGAGAGAGGAGCAGACCUGGUGAUCAUUAACAGCAGAGAG